GACUUGUAAUCAUUUGGGACGCCGGGGACGGGAAUGGAUCAUUGUGACCGGGGGAUCGAAACCCCCCUUGCGAAACCCUUCUCGCUCUAUUCUGCGGUAAAGAUGGCGGUGGUAGAGGGGGCGCACAGUGGCCGGAGCACGGCGAAACGACCCUGAAAGAGUCCCUAUUCUACAGAAUUUUUAACGUGGGGUACCGAACAUUGCCGCCUGGCUACAGAACGAACAGUUGUUGAACGGUUAAUUUCAGUGAUACGUUGAGCUUUUUGCUUUAUUGUUUGAGACAGGGGUGGGUGGGUUCUACACUGAUAUCUGGCUAACAAGCUAUCGAGCUAGGAGUCCGUGGAAGAAGAGAGGGGGUUGAAAGAAGACUAUUUGGAACAGGCCGCUCCACAGUUGGGGGAUGUGAACCAAAACGAGCGCUGGAGGUUUGCUCGCUUCGUCCCGAACAUCUGUACACCUAACUGCGGGGAUGGGACAACAGGUAGGCCGCGUCGCUGAGGGGACAUCCGCCGGGAUACAACCGCCACAGCCCCACGCGACUCCGCAGCACCAGGGAAAGGGGAACCGUGGAAGCAACACCGUGAGGAGACCCCGGGAUGUCUGCACUACUGGGACACCGCCUGGGAGGGCAGCUACCGUUAACGUUCCAGACCCUGGAAUCAAUAUAUUCACUAAACAUUCAGAAGCGCUUCACCGGCCGUUCGGCCUGGACUCGGCGGCGUUGACGGAGGCGGUGCGCUGGAGCUCCAAGGAGAACCUCCUGGGCGCUGCCGAGAGCGACCCCAACCUCUUUGUUGCACUUUAUGACUUUGUCGCCAGCGGAGACAACACGCUGAGCAUCACCAAAGGAGAGAAGCUCCGUGUCCUGGGCUACAACCAGAACGGCGAGUGGAGCGAGGUGCGCUCCAAGAACGGCCAGGGCUGGGUGCCUAGCAACUACAUCACGCCGGUCAACAGCCUGGAGAAGCACAGCUGGUACCACGGGCCGGUGUCCCGCAGCGCCGCCGAGUACCUGCUGUCCAGCCUCAUCAACGGCAGCUUCCUGGUGCGGGAGAGCGAGAGCAGCCCUGGGCAGCUGUCCAUCUCACUGCGCUACGAGGGCCGGGUCUACCACUACCGCAUCAACACCGCCUCCGACGGCAAGGUGUACGUCACGGCCGAGAGCCGCUUCGCCACGCUGGCCGAGCUGGUGCACCACCACUCCACGGUGGCCGACGGGCUGGUGACCACGCUGCACUACCCAGCGCCCAAGUGCAACAAGCCCACGGUGUACGGCGUGUCGCCCAUCCACGACAAGUGGGAGAUGGAGCGCACCGACAUCACCAUGAAGCACAAGCUGGGCGGAGGGCAGUACGGGGAGGUGUACGUGGGCGUGUGGAAGAAGUACAACCUGACGGUGGCUGUGAAGACCCUGAAGGAAGAUACGAUGGAGGUGGAGGAGUUCCUAAAGGAGGCUGCGGUCAUGAAAGAGGUCAAACACCCAAACCUGGUCCAGCUCCUGGGUGUGUGUACCCUAGAGCCCCCCUUCUACAUCGUCACGGAGUACAUGCCCCAUGGCAACCUGCUGGACUACCUGCGGGAGUGUGACCGCGAGGAGGUGAAUGCAGUGGUGCUGCUCUACAUGGCUACGCAGAUCUCCUCCGCCAUGGAGUACCUGGAGAAGAAGAACUUCAUCCACAGGGACCUGGCUGCCAGGAACUGUCUGGUGGGGGAGAACCACGUGGUGAAGGUGGCAGACUUUGGCCUGAGCCGGCUGAUGACGGGAGACACCUACACUGCCCACGCCGGCGCCAAGUUCCCCAUCAAGUGGACCGCCCCCGAGAGCCUGGCUUACAACACCUUCUCCAUCAAGUCUGAUGUCUGGGCGUUUGGCGUGUUGCUAUGGGAGAUCGCCACCUACGGCAUGUCUCCCUACCCGGGCAUUGACCUGUCUCAGGUGUACGACCUGCUGGAGAAGGGCUACCGCAUGGAGCAGCCGGAGGGGUGUCCCCCCAAGGUCUACGAGCUGAUGAGGGCCUGCUGGCAGUGGAGUCCUCUAGACAGACCCUCGUUUGCCGAGACUCAUCAGGCCUUCGAGACCAUGUUCCACGACUCCAGCAUCUCUGAAGAGGUAGCCGAGGAGCUGUGCAAGACCGCCUCCUCUGGCCACAUGGGGCCACUGCACCCCCUGGGCCCUGACAUGCCCCUGCUGCCCUCCAAGUGCCGCACCCUGAAGAAACACACAGAGAACAAGGAGAACAUCGAGGGUGGGCUGGACGGCCGGCUGGACCCAGGAGCUCACACACACUCAGGUCUGGCUGCGGCGUUGCUAGGAGGAGACGGUCGGUCGGGCGGCUCCCCGGCGUUACCGCGGAAACAGCGCGACAAAUCUCCCAGCAGCCUCUUGGAGGAAGGCCAGGACGGCGCCACGUUCACGCGCAACCGCAAGGCGGCCUUCUUCAGCUCCUUCAUGAAGAAGAAGUCCUCGUCUUCCUCCUCCUCUUCCUCGCCCUCCUCGCAGCUCCAGCAGAACCUCCCCACCCCCCCUAAGAGGAGCAGCUCCUUUAGGGAGAUGGAGACCCAGCCCCACAAGAAGUACGAGCCCCAGGCAGCAUUCUGCUCCCCCAUGCCCCCCCUGCCCGCCCAGGCCGACGGCCCAGGGUUCUCCCCCUCUCACGGAGACGCCAACCACAGCCAGUCCCGCUGCUGCGGCGCCACCUUCGGCCAGAAGCCCUCUUCCGGUGGGGGUCUGGGCUCCCAGGUGGGCAGCAGCAGCAGCUGGGGGAGCCUGGCCGGGUUCUUCACCCCCCGCCUCAUCAAGAGGACCCUGGGGCUGAAGACGGGGAAGUCCUCGAGCCCGGAGGACGGAGGAGGAGGCGGAGGAGGGGGGGUUGGAGGGUCAAAGCCGUUCCCCCGGUCCAACUCCACCUCCUCCAUGUCGGCUGGGCUGCCGGAUCUGGAGCGCAUGGCCCUGACCCUCCCCAGGAACCGCAGCAAGCCCCCCCUGGAGAGGACUGCCUCCACUACCUCCCAGCCCGAGAACGGGGCCUGCCCGCCUCGCACGCCCUCCGCCUCCGACACCAUGCUGCUCCGCAGGCUGGACGACCAGGGGGCCGCCCAGAUCAGGGAGAGGCCCAAGGCCAAGCUGAUGCCCCGAGGGCCGGGGAGCGGGGCCGGGGUGAGGGCUCCAGGGGUGGGGGGCGAGGCGGCGGCGGCGGCAGCGGACUCGGACGGCACCUCCCGGCUCAGGGACGGGGGUGAGGAGCGCCAAGGGUGGUCGUCGCCCUCCAAGGCCCCGGGGGGGGUUGGGAGGGAGGGUGUGUUGUCAGGGCAGGCCCCGCCCCACAACCACAAGGUCCCUGUGCUGAUCUCGCCCACGCUCAAGCACAGCCCUGCCGACGUGCACCUGGUGGCUGUGGACUCUCAGGGCAACCGCUUCAAACUGUUAUCCUCAGAGCAUCAAGCAGACCGCGACCGGCCGCGCCUAGUCAAACCCAAGUGUGCCCCGCCGCCCCCCCCUACCCUGCGGCCCCUGCAGCACACCUACAGCGGGGAUGGGGAGGAGCAGAGCGGGGGCGUGGUGGAGGUUAACGGGGACGGGGUCAAGGGUCAGAGGUCGGGCCGGGCGACGGGGCCCGGGACAGCACGACCGUCUGUGCCGCCACCACAAGUGCCGCCUGCACAUUCCUACACUUCCUCUGCCAACAGCAACGCCACCCCUACCAAACUAGCCAACGGAGCCACCAACACUGCCCUCUCCUCAUCAGCGCCCCCCGGUGGCUCCAAGGGGGGCCUGCGUCGGACCAGGCAGGAGAGGGAGCGUGUUCCCCCGGAGAGGGUGAGCCGGGAGGCCCUGCUGGAGUGCGCUGAGUGCCUGAGCGUGGCUCUCCACAGCAGCCCUGAGCCCUCCUCCAGCAGCCUGGUCCUGGACGCUGGGCACCAGCUGCUGGAUCACUGCUCCGGCUACGUGGACUGCAUCCCCCAGAUGAGGAACAAGUUUGCCUUCCGGGAGGCGGUGGGGAAGCUGGAACUGAGUCUGCAGGAACUGAGGGCCACUUCCUCUUCCUGUGGGGGGGGGCUCCCCGGCGCCCCCACCCUGGACAGCCUGCACACCUGCAUCAAGGAGAUAAGCGACGUGGUGCAGAGGUAGCCUCGCGGUGCAGAGGUAGCCUCGCGGUGCAGAGGUAGCCUCGUGGUGCAGAGGUAGCCUCGCGGUGCAGAGGUAGCCUCGCGGUGCAGAGGUAGCCUCGUGGUGCAGAGGUAGCCUCGUGGUGCAGAGGUAGCCUCGCGGUGCAGAGGUAGCCUCGUGGUGCAGAGGUAGCCUCGCGGUGCAGAGGUAGCCUCGCGGUGCAGAGGUAGCCUCGCGGUGCAGAGGUAGCCUCGUGGUGCAGAGGUAGCCUCGCGGUGCAGAGGUAGCCUCGUGGUGCUCCCGUGACCUCUGACCCUUUUGGCUCCAGGCCCCCACCCCCCCCCCCCCCUUUGUUGUGGUUCUGGUUCCGUGUUGGACGAGAAAGAGGGGGGAAUCUCAGGAGUACCUCAGAGAAAUCACUACACAUUUGUUCAACUCUCUAUUGUUUACAGUGGACUGUUUGAUGGAAAAACUCCAGUGAAAUUACGCUGUUGCUCUGACCUAAUGUAUAUAUGGUAAAUAAUUGAGGAUUCCCACAUAGAAAUGCUUCAGUUUGUGCCCCAAAAUUACUUUUGUCCCUGAUUUCAAACGUGUCCACCCGUUAACGACUAAGGCCUUUUUCUAUUAUUUGAAUGUGGUGUGUAUUGUUUAAUAUGGUUGAAUAUCUCUCCCAAAUACAAUAUCGCACGAGUGGAACACGUUUCGAUAUUUAUGUCCAGUUGCCCUGGCACACGACUUGAUAUUGUCCCUUGUAGUUGAAGGGUAGAGAGGGGGAGGAAAGUGCACGGGGAAGUACGGUAGUAAGGGGGUUUAGGACAGUACCUGAAGUGUCCUUCAGGUGUACGUUUCUCUGGAUAAACCCUGGAGCCUUGGCCUCCUGUGCCUAGAUUCUUCAACAUGAGAACUCAUUUGUGCAAACACACACACACACAUUACCUAGACAGACUGAUCUCUCCACCAUAGCUGCAGUAUGUCUGCCACCCAUGAGCAAUUUGUACAUUUGUUUGGGUUUUAAAAAUGCUUUUCAGAAUGUCUAUGAACUUGAAUUUUAAAUUAUUGUUGUUUUUUUUGUUUGUUUUUUUUAAUUAAAAAGCACAGACCUAUUUUGAAAGAAAAGAGGAAACAAAUGUAAAUAUUUGCUUUAUUUCAUAUACAGGAAAAAAGUACGUUUUACGAUCACAUUGUAAAGUUGAUGUCUUUGGUUGUGAACAGGAGUAGAGAUGGAACGAGAGGCGCUACCAGACCAGAGGCCACACCAACCCAAUCUCUCACGUUUUUAAUGAAUGUAUGGUUUUUCUCCACAGUGGAACUGUCGGAACGGCCGUCUCUGUCCAUCCGUGACUCCAGCCUGUCUUCCUCAGGGAAGGUGGGGUUCGACCUUAAAUUUCAGAUAUCGCUACGCGCACCCGGACAGUUCUUGGCAUGACAACGCCACAGUUCCCUUGGUUUCGGUUUCAAUCCUAACGUCAGUUACUCGUAUUUGCAACGACGUGCUGUUUUCUGAGCCUCUUUGGCACGUGUUUUAGGACCUGUUUUUAAAGAACUUUAAUCAACUUAGCUCAUAUUUCCAUAACUUAUCUAGCUAGCACAAAGCCAUUGUUGCGACUGUUAAAAGCAAGUAUAGGUUGAUUGGAUUUAAUACAAAUUAAAUGAAAGAGAUAAAUUAAGUCAGAAACGUCCAUAUGGGUCGCUCAAGUUGCACACUGACGGAAGUCUGGCAGUGUUCUAGAACAACUUUUAAGUCAUAGCCCACAUUCCGUUUCCACACCGUUCAGGUCGACUACAACGUCGUAGAACCUGUAGAUUGCUGACCUGGAGAACGAGCAUGCAUCCUAUGCCCUGCUGAACGGGCUGGUACGUACGUAUCUGAUACCCAGAAGGGAAGGCAGUGAUGGGAUUUAGCAGUGACAUUUAUGGUGACAACCAGGGCGGUCCAACUCUGUUCCUGAAGAGGUUCCUCUCUGUGGUUUUGCUCCAACCCUAAUCUAGCACACCCGAUUCAAAAACAGCAAUCAGCUUCUUAAUCAAAAAAAGUUAAAUUAGGUUGGUAAUAACUGGGACUCAAGCAGAAACCUACAGGAAGGGUAGCUCUCCGGGAAUAGGGUUAGAGAUCUCUGGUUCAGUUUUGUGGUCCAUUCCUUAUUUCACAGAUUAUCUUCAGUGUGUUCCUUACAUCGCAUCAAAAGUCUCCAACUAUCUUUAGUUAUCACUGUGAGCUUUGAUUAAAUGGAAUGAAAGAUGUUUCUUUUCGCUACUGAAUGCAGCAAUCUUUAUUUCUGAAUAAUUAAUGGUGCCUUUUAUCAAAUGUAAAAAAUAUUUAUCUACAGUGCACUACAAAGUCAAGAAUAUGAUCAACUGCAAUUUAUUUUUUACUGUAGAUAUCUUAAGUGCUUUUGUUUUUAGAUUUCUCAUUUUUUGAUUACAUAGAGAUCUAAAGUAUACAUCUAUGACAACAAAUAUUACUGGGAUUAAAUGCCUAAAAUGGUUUCACUCAAACUUGAAGAAAAGUGCAAUUUGUCUCCUGUUUUGGAUCAUGUGUUCGUGUUGGAAAGAUCUGACAUCCUCACAGCCACAAAACUUAAGUGUUUCUCAUCCGGCAAACGGAGAUAGAUCUAAACGCUUCUCUGUCUCACUCUAUAAAGAUCUGAACCAAUUAAACUAUGCCUUCAUGACUUCCUGUCUGCCUGUAUGUUUCCUGCCUGUAUGCUUCCUGUUUGCCUGUAUGCUUCUUUGCUGACUGAGCCAAUGGGGCCUUCCAUUUGAUCUGUCCCCUUGUAGUGUAUCUGCUUUCUUCACACCCCCAGAUUGAUCUUAAUCUAAGAUUAUAGAACAUUUGCAUUGGAGGUGACGUUAGGACAUCUUCCUGGAGGUGUUUCUUGGCCAACAGCAGUGUUAGACAGUGCCCAGAAUGUUGCUUGUUAAUGCUGAUUUAUUGGGAACUGCUUCAGUAAGAGGAAGUGUCCCUGUAUUCAAGUUGACAACCCAUCUCUAUCCCUUCACUGACCCUUACUAAAGCAAAAAACGGUGCCCUUAUCAACCCUAUGCAAUGGGAGCUGAUGAGCUUGUCAACAAGGCAAGGCUAAUAAUGUUCUAAUUGGGAAUUAGGAACCUGGUCUCCUCACCGUGUUAGAUAUAUAUAUAUAUAUUUUUUUUUUACAAAUCUGAGGAUUCAUAUUUUUUUGUUUGCUUUAUUUAUUUUAUGCUUUUGUAUUUAUUUUGUUUAUAUUUGUAUUGGUUUAUGGGUCUGCAGAGGCACUCUCCUGUGUUUGAGAUCUGAACUGUGCCGGGGAACUCUUUAUGUAUGCUUCAUUAUUAUACCAAAGGCCACUUCCGUAUCAGUCGUACUAGUGCAAUGAGAAAGGAACACACUUCGUUAUGAGUAUGUGAAUUUAACAGGGAUGAAAAUGGCAGAGGUUAACCUAUUAACUUUUCUAUUGUACAAAAUAUAUAUUUUGUGUGUUUUUAAUUUAAAGCUCACAUAUGAUAUAUUACUGUGAAGUUCUUAUCAGUGUUAAACUUGAUGUAAAUAAUAAAAU